AACAAAAUCUCAAUCUCAAAAUAUUUCAAACCUCUCUCUCAUCUCUGCAUUGUGCUUUGUUUACUCGCUUUUUUCUGCACAAAAGAGUCAUCACAGGAUGGGAAGCCACAUUCAGGGCACAAAUGCCAUAUGGUUAAAAAUAAUCAUUUAUUUGCUCGUCUUCAUCGAACCUCAAGUCAAUAGUCAAAACAUUGACCAAGAACUCAAUGUUACAUUCAUCACAAAUGCGGUAAAAAAAGGCGCAGUUUGCUUGGAUGGAAGCCCUGGGGCCUACUAUUUUGCUAAGGGAUUCGGAGAUGGAGUUCACAAUUGGAUGAUUUAUCUACCAGGUGGAGCAUGGUGUAAUUCAACGGAUGAGUGCCUCCGCAGAAGCAAGAACGAUUACGUAGGAUCCAACAAAAAUGUUGCACCUAUGGCUUUGGGUACUAUCCAGAGUCAAAACAAAAGUUUAAAUCCAGAUUUUUAUAAUUGGAACAAGGUGUAUAUCCGGUACUGUGACGGUGCAUCAUUCAUGGCAGAUGUCGAAACCGUCAAUCCGGAAACAAAACUACAUCUGAGAGGAAGGAGAAUCUUCGCCUCUGUAUUGGAAGAGCUCAUUACUACUAAAGGGAUGAGUAAUGCGGAAAAUGCUUUACUUGUAGGAAACUCUGCCGGUGGGUUGGCCGCGAUCUUAAACUGUGACCGUUUCCAUUCUUUUCUCCCUGGUGCGUGUCGAGUAAAAUGCAUUUCAGAUUCUGGCGUUUUCAUACAAGGGAAUGAUCUCCAUGGUGCCCAAGACAUUGCCAAAAAGUAUUUUGCCAGUGUAGUUAAAUUUCAUGAAUUAGACAAAUAUUUGCCCCAGUCAUGCACACGGAGAUUGGAUCCAGAAUUGUGCUUUAUCCCGGGAAAUGUCGUCGAAGAUAUCCAGACACCGUUGUUUUUGUUACAUUCGAAUUUCGACUUAUACCAAAUAUCUAAACUUGCAAUACCAAAUCAUCCAAAUAACGAAGGCUGGGAAAAUUGCACGAAAAAUUUUAGCAGCCUUCAGAGUUGCACAUCCAACCAACUACAUGUCAUAAUGGAUAUUCAUAGAUUAUUACUGAAGACAUUGGAGGGAUUAGUUGAUAAUCCAUCAAGAGGAUUAUUUAUCAUUUCAUGUUAUAUCCACGAUAUUAGUACUAAUCUACACAAUUGGCAAGGAAUACCCAUUUUACAAAAUAAGACAAUUCAACAAGCCAUAGGUGACUGGUAUUUCGAUAAAAGCAACGUUCAAAUCAUAGACACUCAACAUUCAUGUCCUAUUAAUUGUGACAGAACAAUAGAUUAAACCAAUAAUGAACUAUCAAGUUCAAAUCCAUUAAUUUUAUCUACAUUUAUUUAUUGAAUGUAUAUUUGAUUUUCAAUUGUGAAGUUACAAAAUAUGUUAUCUAUCAAGUUUAUAUAUGUUGUUCUCGCCUGGUUAGAAGAUUUAAUUGUAUUAUAAUCAUAGAUUGGGCAAUGAACAUAUAUUUCCAAGAACUCAAGUUCAAUUUUUGGUCAAAUUAAAUUCUUGCUGUACUUUUAAGAUAUUUUUCAUUUGGCAAUAAAUUUUGUUCUCAUUCAA